AUGAAACGGAGCUGACGAGAAGCUCCUGAAGGCAUCAAGCAUGAAACGGAGCUGACGAGAAGCUCGUGAAGGCAUCAUCAGCGUCGGUGGGAACAAUGCUAAGGCGGAACUGAAGUAUUAUUGCAAGUGCACCGAAGGGACAGUUAUUGCAGUUACAACGACAGACGACUGGAUGAAAAAUCCAUGUUAUGAACAUUUGGGAACAUUUUUUAAAUCGAAUGCAUUAGUUUAAAUGCGAAAUGUGUGCUUGGUAGAGACCAAUUGUAAUCAUGGAUAAAAUGGUUGUAGCAGUGGAAUCUGAGGAGAUUGACUGGGGAGGAAGUGGAACGGAAGAAGGGAAGAUUAUGAAGGAGACCAAAACUUUAUCAAAGAAUGUCCACACAGGUCUUCCUAAUCCACUUGCAGAUCCUGUGAAAUGUUCUCUGAUGAAAGGAGACUAUCUCUACUUCCAUUAUGGCUGUGAUGGACAAGAUGACAGAGGCUGGGGAUGUGGCUACCGCACUAUUCAGACAAUGGCUUCCUGGCUUUGCUAUAACUGGUUUCCACUUAAGGACAAACACAGGCCUCCACCAAGCCUCCCAGAAAUCCAGCAAGCCUUGGUCACCAUGGGGGACAAACCAGACUCCUUCUCAUGCUCCAGGGAGUGGAUAGGAACAUUUGAAGCCUCCCUGGUCCUUGACUAUUUCUAUGACGUUCCUUGUAAAUUGGUACAUGUUAGAGGCGGAGGGGCAGAGCUGGAGCAUGAUGCAGUGGAAGAGCUCCAUCAGCACUUUGAGAAGCAUGGAUCUCCGGUCAUGAUGGGAGGGGACAGGGACAAUUCUUCUAAGGGGAUAUUAGGGGUGUGCACUGGGGACAAGGGGAGCUACUUGCUAGUCCUUGACCCUCACUACUACGGAUGUCAGCUGGAGAAGACAGAGCUGCAGAGGCGGGGAUGGGUGGCGUGGAAGAGAGUAUCAUCUCUGGAUCAGUCUUCAUUUUAUAAUCUGUGUAUGCCUCAGACUGCCAAGUGACAGAGCUUCUGUUUGAGACAUACAAAUUAAUUAUUAUUUGUGAGGAUGAACUAUAGAAACGUGGGAUUUCCUCAUCUAGAUGCAAUGCAAAGUGUUUUAUUGAGAUAGACUUUGUACUGUAUUGUCAGCAUUUAUGUUUUAAAAGGAGCUGUCGAUGAAAUCAAUAAUUACAACGUAUUUGAAGAACAAACUGUUAAAACAACUUGAUGAUCAGUUUCUUCAUUAUUGCUCCAUUAAAAUCCUGUUGAAUCUCAAAUCUGCUUGGACAUACAUUUAAGUUUUUCUAUCAGUGGUUUCUUUACUGGCUUCAAGUAAAUGCCUUAUAGCUAAAAGUAAAUGCUUUAGUUUUUAUUAAUUUGUAUUGCUUUAAAUUAUUUCCAUGGUGUGAAUAUGCAAAUUAAGAUAAUCAGCCCACGAUUGUUUUAGUGAGAGCGGUUGUAGCACUAUACACUGUCAAUUCAUCUUAGGCAUUGCAAAUGUAGAAACAGCUUCCUUUUCCAACAAUAUUUUUAUCAAUUAACACUUGAUUUUAUUAAAAUAAAACUAAGAUAAGAUAGAACAUUA